GCAUGCACGAAGGAAAGCUGAUGGAUCAUGACGAAAUCAUCAGAAAGGACGACCCCUGUGAGUCGUACCGUUGCGACGCUCACCGGAAGACGAUGCUGGUUGACCUCUGUCAUUACGGCCUCUACCAGAAGGCGCCCCCUGGUUGCGUUCUGCGCAAGCGAAGCGGUGAUUUUCCUGCCUGCUGCCCGUGGCCCGACUGCAGCGCUGCCGAAAGCAUCGCGGGACGCGAAACCAACUCAUUCUCUGCAAACGGAACGAUUACGGACGAGCCAGUGACAGAUGUUUCCGACCUCAUCAUCCCCGCCAGCCAGCUCGACACUGACAAGCAAGACUCAAAUGAAACGCCUCCGAAAGCUUCUGAUUCAUUGCUUGACGACCUGAGCUCUACAACUACAAAUGCAAGCAGUUUAUCCGGACAUACUGAAGACUCAGACUUUGACCCCGUGACAACUCCGGCUGAAUCAGCAUCUUAAAAUUGUCUUGAAAAGUGCUGGUAGCGCAUCCAUUGUUUACACUUUAAAUUGUAACAUAUCUGA